CGAUGUUUCAGUCUUCACUGCCACAGUGAGCUACAGAGAUGCAUCAGGCGGUGACAGUUAUACUCUCGUUAAUUUUUACAACUGUGCGAGGACAGAAACCUGGCUCCAUACAGGCAGCGCCGGCAUGUCGCAAGGAAGUGCGCACCUACAGCUACGCCUACAACGACUUCUACCGCAUCGACGAGGCGGGCGGGCUCGACGGGCCCGGGAACGUCUCCCUGCAGGUGUACGUGCAGGCGGUCAGCGACGCGCACGUGCUGCUCUCUACAGUCCCCUUCCCGAAGCCCGCCGAGCCGGUGUACGAGAUCGUGCUGGGCGGCGGCCGCAACACCUUCUCCGAGGUGCGGCGCUCGCGGCGCACCAGCACCGCGGCCGCGGUGGCCACCUCCGACCUGCUGUCGGCCGCCGAGCUCAGGGGCUUCUGGGUGCGGCUGCGCCCCUCAGGCAUGCUGGAGGUGGGCGAGCGGGGCAGCGACCUGCCCUUCCUCUUCUGGAAGGACCCGCACCCGCUCAGGAUACGCUACUUCAGCUUCAGCACGUGGACCGGCGUCGCGGGCAAGUUCCUCUUCGACUGCCCGGCGCCGGGGGACCCUGAUGGAGCAGAAACGUCCGAGCCCGUACCAACUAAGCAAACAACGUUGGAAAGACUGCGCAGCGACUUGCUGACCAACUACGACCCCUACUCUCGACCAGUGCUGCACGAGGACCACUACACCACUGUCUACGUGCGCUUCGCUUCCCGCCACAUACAACUGGAUGAGAAGAGAGGUUUACUAUCCACUCACGGAAGAAUGUCAAUGAACUGGAUCGAUGAGAAGAUUGUAUGGGAUCCUGAGAAUUACGACAACAUUUCCGUACUCAACCUUGCAAGUCAUGAAGUGUGGCUUCCUGAAAUUGUGCUUUAUAACGCCGCGGGCCACGGCGCCGACGUGCUGGGAGAGGCAGGGCUGGCGGUGGGCGCGGACGGGCGGGCGCGCUGGGCGCCCCAGGCGCGCCUGCGCUCCUGGUGCCGGCUGGACCUGCGGCGCUGGCCGCGCGACGAGCACAGCUGCGACCUGCGGCUCGGCUUCUGGGCGCAGCAGCAGCCGCGGCUGCUGCUGCAGCUGGACAACACCACCGAGGUAUCUGAGCAGAGAACUGGCUCCCAGUGGGAAGUAGUGGACCUCAAUUCGCACAUUGUGUGGGGCACGGAGAUUUGGGCUGAUGGACAGUCCGAGUACGAGACGGAGUUGAAUCAGGAGCCAACCCCCAAUCUCAUCAUACAGAUACGACUACGGAGACGUGAAGAGUCAUACACUGUCAUUCUUACAGCACCUUUCAUUGUCAUCAAUGCGAUCACGUUUCUGUCGUUCUGGAUGUCUCCAAAUAAUUUUGCCAAGACCAUAUUUGUGUGCUUGGCAUUGGUGAUUUCCUCCAUGGUCGCAGCAAUUUUAACAGACGUUAUUCCAACGCAUCCUUCGCACACGCCAUUCAUCGUUUUAGUGUAUAGUAGGAGCAUGAUCGCGGCGCUCGUCUCGCUCCUGUUAACAGUGACAACAAUUUGUCUGAGUCGAUACAACCAUGUCCGACCACUGCCCGGCAUACUAUACAAGCACAUCACUUCUGAAUACGUCUGCACAAUUCUCUUCCUACCGAGGACCACGAGUGAGAUCAAUACAAAGUACAGUCAGCUGGAUGAGACUCGUCAAAAUAAUCAAGCUGCUAGAAUAACACGCGACGAUAUUCAGCUUCAGUGGAGACUUCUCGCGGUUUACUUAGAUCGCAUCUGCAGCAUCUUGUUUUGUGUCUUUAUUGGAAUUGUUUUCGCCACUUGUUAAACAUUUUAUAUUUAUUCACUAGAAAUAGUUUACCAUCGGCAAUUUGAACAAAAUCACUAAACAUAAAUUUAAAAAAAUUAUAUGUUUUGAUGAUUUUAGUCUUAUUUAUAGCAAAAUUUAUAGUAGUAAAUAAAUAAGAAAAAGUGAA